CGUAAGACGAAGAGUCAGGGAAAAAGAGCCGCAGGGUGCACGGGAGAGCACGAGCACGCCGCCUCCUUGGAUUUCUUCUUCUCGACGAUCUCGACAGAACGGGCGACAGGAUGCGACUGUCGACGAUUUUCGAGCUGUUGCUGAUCCUCUUGCUGGUGGCAUUCGCGGCUUAUGGUCGAGUAAUCGAUCGCGAUGAGAUGACACAUCGAAUAGCUCGUGCCGCCAAUAGCACGAAUAAGAGCGGCGACAUGGGUCUGUCAACGAUGUCGUUGAAACAGGCGACCGAUAGCGUGAACCGAUAUUGCACUUGUAAUGAGAACAUUUGCAACUGCUGUCGGGACUUUCACAUACCGGUUGUGCAGCUGAAAGGACCAGGUUGCGCUUCGCUACAAUAUCUAAAAGGUGACAAUUUGGCAGUCCAGUUGAGUUUUGGCGACAACAUAUUAACCAGCACGAUUGUUAACGGGAAGAGUCCGAAACCUGUAUGUGUUCCCUUACCGGGUGGUUUCACUAAAUUCUGCGGCAGAAUUUAUUCCAUCCAACGCGACGCGAAGAAUCACUUCAAAGCUUGCCUCGGUCUGGAAUUACAGUCAACUACCGAACUGGAAGCCAGUCUUCGCGUCAGUUGCUUCAGAUUUGGUCCAGACGGUUUGAAGCUUCGACCAGCCGAGCCACUUCCGGUAGUUGAGGCGGAAUCCGUCGAGGAGGACGAUGAUGACGAUUUCUUCGGCUUUGGCUCCGAUGACGACGAUGAAGAAGAAGACGAAGAAAGGCCUUCCUUCAAUUCUGUCCCGGAUGCUUCGGGAACGAACGAGCCGCAAGAGUCAGAUGACGACGAUGACGACGACGACAUCUUGGGUUUUAGCGCUUUACUAGAUAUCUUCACCGGCGACGACGAUACCGCCACGAAAAGACCCAAAGUUACCACUGCGGCGCCGUUGUUGGAAUUCACUAUACCGAUUAUAACGCGACCUACAACCUCGACGUCGCUAGAGGAUCCGGAAUUGUCCAAUAUUGAAUCGGAAAAUAACGAAGAAGAACACGAAGACAGUACUCAGGAACCCGGUAAAGUCGUAGACGAGGAAAGCACGGGAUCGACUGAGAGUAACGCCGAGAAUAAUACAGACGAAAAUCAGGAACUGGUUGUCACGGAGGCCUCCAACAAAGUUACGUAUCUCGCGAAGCCUAACAAGGCGAUCACCAACAAAGUGAAGAAGGGAGUCGUUGGCGACAAGAAACCCAGCGUGACGUUUACUAAUAUCAAUGCAAUUCAUGAUCCUGAAAAACCUGUGAAAAAACCCAUCAAGGACGAUGAAGACGAUGACGUCGAUGAUAUUUUGGACGAUGAUGACGAUGAGGAUGUCGACGAAGAUGAUGACGAAACACUUGACGACGAUGACGAGGACAAGAAUGAUGAAGACGAGGAUGAAGACAAUGAUGAUAAAUUAGAUGACGAGAAGCACGAAGAGUAUGAUAUUGAUGAUGAUGAAGAUGAUGAGAAGGCUGAGGAUCUCUCCGAAUUGGACGAUGACGAUGACGAUGACGAAGAGGAAGAGGCCGUAUUGACUGCUCUUAUGGAUGCCGGCAAGAGUAGGAAGGACAAGGGGAAUGCAACAAAUGUCGAUAAACAUGAUAAUGAGGAUUACGAUGCUGAAUUGGACUUUUUGGGCAGAAAGCAUUCUAAUAAAACUCGUCAAAGCAAACUUGCAAGGCUUCCAAGUGUACAGAGAUCCAGUCAGUAGGAUAAUUCGGAGAAAGCUUGUCCUUCUUAUCUGAUAUGGAUUCGCCGUUCCGACAAAACUUGAAGCGUUUUGUCAGAUCAGCGGAAUGUUCGUCAAAAUUUUGGUGAAUUAAUAUACAUAAUUGUGAUAGCGUCACUUAUUUUUUAACAAUAAAAUUAUAAAAGUCUCUACGUUUCUCCAAGUUUUCUACUAAUUGUAAAUACAAAUAAUGCAAAAAAAUAAGAUGACAAU